CUAUUUAAAAACAUAAUUAAAUAGGUAGAAAUAACCAACGAAUUAAUUAAACAUAAAUUAUAUACAAUCGGAGAUGAGCUAAUCGCUCUCACACUUCUAAUUCGUACCUCCGACAUGAAUCCUCCGCCACCGCCACCACCACCACCGCCGCCGCUACUUCCGCCGCCGCCGUCCCCUGCGACUUUCCUCUCAUCUCACCACCAAAAUCCACCGCAGGCGUCACCCUCCCUUCCCACCGCCCUCUCUAGUCUCUCCUCUCUUCUCCAUCUCUCCACCAUCACCCUCAAUUCUCUCCCCGCCCCCAUCUCCGCCGCCGCAGAUUCUCCUCCCUUCCUCCCCUGCCCUUUCAACCCUAACCACCGUCUCCCUCCUUCAUCUCUCUUCUCUCACUACCUCAAUUGCCCUUCCUCCGUCUCCCUACAUCACACUUUCCAAUACCCGCUCACUCUCCACUCCUCGUCCACUACACGCGCCGCCGACCUACCUUCCCUCCCCAUCACCACCUCCUCCGACCUCUCCGUCUCUCUUCAGAACUACGUUGACUAUAAUGCCCCUACGAACAAUUUCUUUUACCGAAGUUGUCCUGGCCCUGUCACCCCUUCAAUUCGACCCCCAUCAUUGCUCAAUUUACCUAGGGUUUUAUAUACUGAAUGUUGCGACUUCUACAAAGAGCAAUCUGAGAAAGAAGCUAUGAGGUUUUCAGUGAAUUUAAUUAGGUUUCUUCCGUCGGAGAUUUGGGCUAUUCGGAGUGAAACCGAAGCGUGGGGUCGUGGUAUCCCUGCUUCGUACUCUUCGAGAAUAUUGCGCGCAAUUCUAGGGUUGAGAGACUGCAAUUUGCUGCAUUUGUAUGACUGGAUAGUUGCUGCUUCACCUAGAUACGGUGUAAUCAUUGAUUUUGCCAUGAGGAAUCAUAUCGUUUUGUUGGUUAGAUUGUGUUUGAAGGCGAUUGUUAAGGAAGCUUUCGCGUUAUCCGGUUCAAUGUUUAGCGAUGGAGAACAUGAAAUGGAGGAUAAUUCUUUUCCGGGAUUGAGCAAUCAGAGCUUCGAGUGCCCAAUUUUAUUGAAAGCGAUGACGUGGUUAGCUUUGCAGUUCGGUGUAUUGUAUGGUGAAAUAAAUGGGAAGUUUCUCGCGGUUGAUGUGUUAAAAGAAUGCAUAGUCGAAUUUGCUCUGCACGCGUCAUUGUUUCCUUUGGAACAAAAAGAUGCCGACUCUAGUGAUUUUGAGAAAGUAGAUGUUCGGGUCGAAGAGCAGGUACAAAGUAUUGUGUCAUUUAGUGACCCUAAACGAGACGAGAGAGAGUAUACAAAAGUUGAAGCAGUUGGUCAGAGUGUGAUUUUUAUAUCCGAAGUUGCUGCAGCUGUGGCAGCAUUGCACGAGAGAUUAUUGAUUGAAGAGAAAAUCAAGAAUUGUCGUAAUUCACGACCACUGUCUGCAUACCAACGCAAUAUGGAGCAUGCUUAUGUGUCCAAAAUAGCUGACGAGGAACGACAAAAACGUCCCGACUAUCGACCUAUAAUUGACCAUGAUGGGUUUCUUUGGCAGAGAUCAAACAAUCAGGACACCAACAAAACAAAGACAAAGGAGGAGUUACUAGCUGAGGAAAGAGAUUACAAACGUCGAAGGAUGUCAUACCGUGGCAAGAAAUUGAAACGUAAUACUUUAGAGGUGAUGAGGGGCAUUAUAGAGGAAUAUAUGGAGGAAAUCAAGCUAGCCGGAGGGAUCGGUGACAUGUCAAAUGCUGUGAAGAAGACAGAAUCUUUGGCAUCUGAAAAUUUGAAUAGAAAUUCUAAGUUACCUGCAGAGAAAAGAGGCAAAUCGGUCGAUUCAGAAGAUUUUGGGGAUGACAUCCACCAGCCAAAAAAAGAUUCAAAUCGGGAUCAUAGGCAUCAAGAUCUUGAUAAAAGACAAACUAGUCGCAAAGAGACCUUUGCAGAGGAUUAUUCCCCGAAAUCGCACCGAAGAAGAAGCAAGUCGAACGAGCGAAAGUAUCAUAAAAGAGAGAGAGAUGAACAUGAGAGAGCUAGUAGUAGUAGUCGUAGUAAGAGAGAGAAAAAAGAAGAUAAUCGGGAGUAUGAAAACAGAGGAAAACGAAGAAAAGACAGUUCUUAUCGGGAGAGAGAUGACGAUGAUGGAAGGCAUGCGAAUAGAAGGAGAAGCAGAACAGAGAGGAGUAGUAAAUCCCGAUACGAACUAGACGAGAUUGAGGAUAUAUAUGAUCCUACAGUCUCUCAUGAUUCUCGUGAGGAUUUCUGAGUUUGGUGACGAAUCGUUUGUCGACAAAUAUGUCUUGGUGGUGUUUGCAAUUUAUCCAUUCAUAUGUAUCCUUCUCUGUAUCCUCCUUGAAUAUUUAUUUUCACUCGAUUUAACUGCUAUAUAUUUUACUCAUUUCACCGGAGAAGAUAAAAAAAUGCAAUUAGUUCUUUUAAUUGAUUCCUGAUUUUAUUUUGAAGCUUAACUGACUCAGUUGUUCGGGUAUUUAGCUUCGUAUUAAUCGGUUUCAUUUGACAGUAGUGUUUAUGGGGUCUGUUUUCCUUUUAGGUCAUGUUUUUGUUCUGAGGUCGAUUGGUACUUGUAUUUGGAUUCAUUUGCAGAAACGGUGACGAAGAAAUUUUCGUAGAGAUGGGAGAAGAUGCUGCCUUGUCUUCGUUUGUUAGUAAGUAUUCUUUGCCAUUUAGUUUUUUAAUCUUCGUUUGUUUUCUCUUUAGAUGUGAAUUUUCCAUUCUAUCCCCAAAAUGCAACCAAAACAUAGUCAAUAAUGUAUUAUGUAUACAAAUAGAAAUGUGGAGUCUAUUAUCAACUCUCGGUAAGAGAGUAGGUACAUGAGCAAAAUCAUUCAUAGUAGUAGCUAUCAAUCUCAGCUUUUCCGGAAUUCUAUUUCCGACACGGGCAUUUGUAGAUUUCGAGUCGCUCGAGCCUCGACAUCCCACCUCCUUUCUCGACUCUUAUAUUCUUUAGACAAAUCCAUUUUCAAGCACAAUAACUUCGGCAACUUCUCGAGCACAAGCAUCGGAUCUUCACGCAGACGGGAAUCAGCCAACAUCAAGUACUCAAGAUUCGGAGAAAAAUCGGUGGCAACAGGCAACUUGGUCAACAUACCUCGUAGAUUAAGUUGAGUGAGACAAACAAAAUUCUUCAACGCACUACACACUUUGCUCUCCCAUAACAUAACCCCAAAAUUCGGUAUUUAGGCCCAAUGUCCGAAAAUUAGUAACCUGUGUUAAGUGCUUGAUAUUUACAUAAUCUUCUUCGAUGUAGGAUAUAUGUAGAGAACCAAAAUCUGUAUAAAACUUCCUACUUGUUGACAACGGUGGCCAUUAAUCUCA